GAUAUUAGAGUGAAAUUCAUGAUUAGCCAUGUGGCUGGGGGAUUGUUUUGUGAGAUGUUGUGGAGCCUUGAAUGGCAUCCCAGCUCGGAUCCUUUGCAUUCUGCUUCUACUCACACAAGGAGGGAUUCUGGAUUAUUUCCUGGCCAAACAUCAGACCCAAGCCAGCUGGGCAUGGAUAGCGUUCGACCUUGUCAACGUCGGCCUCUUCAUCGCCUCCUUCGUCAUAUCACGACGACACCUUGCACUACAGAAAGCCGGUGACGAGCAAAGUAAAGCGGUCACAAUUGGUUGGUUGGCAUGGCUUGUGUACUCGGUAAGCCUAGUAGCAAGGAUGGCCAUAGCUUUCAACAAAUUCUCCUUUAAGUUAAGCGAAGACACAUUCUUUGGCCCCAAUACAUUAAAGACGUCCCUAGCCUUGGCAUCGUGUGUAUUCGUCUUGCUGUUGACGUCUCACCAUGACGCUCCUCCUGCUAGCGAACGCAGGCGAUUGAUUGAAGAACUAACUGGAACCGUUGUCUUCGACGUCUUGGACACCGUGGAUGUCUUAGAGGUGAUGUUCGACAAGUCAUCAAGGGACAUGUUCCUCCCGGGACUUCAGGAAGCUGUUUUAGUGGUGGCAGGUCUCAAUCUCAUUAUUCCAACAGUGCCCCUGAUCACACUCAGCCUCACCAACUUUGGGCACAAGAAGAUGCCGAAACGUCUUGUGGCGCUACACAAGCUGCUUGUAGUGCUGGUGGUAAAUGUUCCCAAUCUGAUUGUUCGGUUAGUUCUCUGGCAUGGCUUCAGUGUUGGAAUCUCCCCCUUUAUGCUCAAAAACCUCAUCCUCAUCUGCAUUGUCAUGUUCGAGUUUUACGAGCACAAGAAGAUGAAAUAUGAUGAACACGCCGAGGCGAUUGAAAUGAGAAAGAAAGAUUUGCUGCUCACUGCCAAUCCAGCUGCGGUCAAUGGACAAAGUGAUAUAACAGAAUUCUCGAUGUGUGUCGGAUGUUCUUACUUGAUUAUUUCAUUUCUCUUCAUCGCCUCCUUCGUCAUAUCACGACGACACCUUGCACUACAGAAAGCCGGUGACGAGCAAAGUAAAGCGGUCACAAUUGGUUGGUUGGCAUGGCUUGUGUACUCGGUAAGCCUAGUAGCAAGGAUGGCCAUAGCUUUCAACAAAUUCUCCUUUAAGUUAAGCGAAGACACAUUCUUUGGCCCCAGUACAUUAAAGACGUCUCUAGCCUUGGCGUCGUGUGUAUUCGUUUUGCUGUUGACGUCUCACCAUGACGCUCCUCCUGCUAGCGAACGCAGGCGAUUGAUUGAAGAACUAACUGGAACCGUUGUCUUCGACGUGUUGGACACUGUGGAUGUCUUAGAGGUGAUGUUCGACAAGUCAUCAAGGGACAUGUUCCUCCCAGGACUUCAGGAAGCUGUUUUAGUGGUGGCGGGUCUCAAUCUCAUUAUUCCAACAGUGCCCUUGAUCACGCUCAGCCUCACCAACUUUGGAUACAAGAAGAUGCCGAAACGUCUUGUAGCGCUACAUAAGUUACUUGUGGUGCUGGUGGUGAAUGUUCCCAAUCUGCUUGUUCGGUUAGUUCUCUGGCAUGGCUUCAGUGUAGGAAUCUCCCCCUUUAUGCUCAAAAACCUCAUCCUCAUAUGCAUUGUCAUGUUCGAGUUUUACGAGCACAAGAAGAUGAAAUAUGACGAACACGCUGGAGCGAUUGAAAUGAGAAAGAAAGAUUCGCUGCUCACUGCCAAUCCUUCUGCGGUCAAUGGACAAAGUGAUAUAACAGAAUUCUCGAUGCAAGAACGAAUAUAA